AGGGUUUUGCCAGGGUCUGUUUAUCAGAUCACACUUGCUAAAUAUCUCCUUGUUCAUCAGCAGAAAUUUGGGGGGGGGACUGGCUAAUCCUUGUCUCUGGAGGCUGCUCAGCCUUGCAGGUAUUAUUUGCACAGCACUUAACACCUGUAAUUCAGAGCAGCUAGAUGUUAUUUCUGUGAAAAUUGCUUUCCCACUCUUCCCCCAAAGCAAAGGGAAAUGAUACUUGUUUAGAACCAGCAACUAGGUAGAAAAAUACAGCCAAUUUCUUUUGUGUGAUAACAUGGUGCAGUGUCUAUUUAACAAAUUUUUUCUUCACGUGGCUUUAUUUUACUUAGACAUAUCUAUCAUUAUAAUACCUCAGACUUGACACUUUGACAGUUUCUUACCUCUUGCUAUUGCUAGGAGCUGAGCUUUUGUAUAUUAUGUGUAUUCACUGAGAAAAGUAGUCAACAGAAAGUGGAAAUCAGCCUAACUCAUAACAUAUGGAGGAUAGAGCAAGCACAUGUAAGAAAUUUGAAGUGGUUAAGCCAAGUCUGGUGGUAAUUAGAACUUUAUUGAUUUGUAAAUUCUUUCCAGUUCCUAGGAAGAGGGCAGGUGUUAGCAGUAUAGCCACCAGCUGAUACCAAUCUCACCAGGAUUCGUUAAUGACGUGUCAGAAAAGAUUCUUGCAUUCUGUACAGAAUAUAUUGAUGAUCAUAAUGUCAUACAAGUAUCUUACAGGAUGUUCUUGAUCCCUAGAAAUGUUGGAUUUUUUUCCUCUUACCUGACCUCAUCCACUAAUAAGGCUGAACAGUAGUCCGUUGUAUGUAUAUACAUUUUGCUCAUCCAUUCAUCCACCAGUGGACACUUGGGCUGCUUCCACCUCUUGGCUCUUGUGAAGAAUGCUCCUGUGAUCAUGAAUGUGCAGAAAUGAGCACAGAAGCAGAGCAACAGCUCCUCCAUCAUGCCAGAAACGGCAACGCUGAAGAAGUAAGACAGUUAUUGGAAACCAUGGAAAGGAAUGAAGUAACUGCUGACAUUAACUGCAAAGGAAGAAGUAAGUCUAAUUUGGGCUGGACACCUCUUCAUCUGGCCUGCUAUUUUGGACAUAGACAAGUGGUCCAGGAUCUGUUAAAGGCUGGUGCAGAAGUAAAUGUAUUAAAUGACAUGGGAGACACGCCACUUCAUCGGGCUGCCUUUACAGGACGAAAGGAGUUGGUAAUGCUUCUUUUAGAAUAUAAUGCUCAUACUACUGUUGUUAAUGGGAAUGGACAGACAGCAAAGGAAGUCACUCAUGACAAAGAAAUCAGAAACAUGCUUGAAGCUGUAGAAAGGACUCAACAAAGAAAGCUUGAAGAAUUACUUUUAGCAGCAGCAAGAGAAGGUAGAACAGCGGAACUCACAGCUCUGCUCAACAGGCCGAAUCCUCCUGCUGUUAACUGUUCGGAUCAGUUAGGAAAUACACCCUUGCAUUGUGCCGCCUAUCGGGCUCAUAAACAAUGUGCCUUAAAGCUUCUGAAAAGUGGAGCAGACCCUAAUCUGAAGAACAAAAAUGAUCAGAAACCUCUUGAUCUUGCCCAGGGUGCUGAAAUGAAACACGUUCUUCUUGGUAAUAAGGUCAUCUACAAAGCAUUGAAACGAUACGAAGGCCCUCUCUGGAAGAGUUCAAGAUUUUUUGGCUGGAGAUUAUUCUGGGUAGUGUUAGAACAUGGAGUCCUCUCAUGGUAUAGGAAACAGCCCGAUGCAGUCCAUAAUAUUUAUCGCCAGGGAUGCAAACACCUAACUCAAGCAGUAUGCACGGUAAAACCCACUGAUAGCUGCCUCUUCUUUAUUAAAUGCUUCGAUGACACUGUUCAUGGCUUCAGGGUUCCUAAGAAUAGCUUUCAGCAGACAAGAGAGGACUGGCUGGAAGCAAUAGAAGAGCAUUCUGCUUACAGCACUCACUACUGUUCCCAGGACCAGUUGACUGAUGAUGAAGAGGAAGAUGCAGUUUCUGCUGUAGACUUGAAGGAAUCCUUAGAGAAAGCACAGAUAUGCCAGCAGAGACUAGACAGGGAAAUUUCCAACUUUCUCAGAAUGAUUAAGGAGUGUGACGUGGCUAAAGAAAUGCUUCCAUCAUUCCUUCAGAAAGUUGAAGUUGUCUCUGAAGCUUCUAGAGAAACUUGUGUAGCUUUGAGUGAUUGCCUUAAUCUCUUCACCAAACAAGAAGGGGUGAGGAAUUUUAAAUUGGAACAGGAACAAGAAAAAAACAAAAUUUUGUCAGAAGCGCUGGCGACUCUAGCCACUGAACAUCAUGAAUUAGAGCAGUCUCUGGUUAAAGGCUCCCCACCUCUCAGCAUCCUUAGUGAGGACGAGUUCUAUGAUGCACUGUCAGAUUCCGAGUCCGAACGGUCCCUGAGUAGAUUGGAAGCAGUGACUGCGCACUGCUUUGAAGAGGAAGGAGAGCACCUGAGGAGUAGAAAGCACAGAAUGUCCGAAGGAAAAGACUGUGGUGGUGGAGAUGCUCUCUCCAAUGGCAUCAAAAAACACAGAACAAGCUUGCCCUCACCUAUGUUUUCCAGAAAUGACUUCAGCAUCUGGAGCAUCCUCAGAAAAUGUAUUGGAAUGGAACUCUCCAAGAUCACCAUGCCAGUCAUAUUUAACGAGCCUUUGAGCUUCCUGCAGCGACUCACUGAAUAUAUGGAGCAUACGUACCUCAUCCACAAGGCCAGUUCAUUUGCUGAUCCUGUGGAAAGGAUGCAGUGUGUAGCUGCAUUUGCUGUAUCUGCUGUUGCUUCUCAGUGGGAACGCACUGGAAAGCCUUUCAACCCACUUCUGGGAGAGACUUAUGAAUUAGUUCGAGAUGACCUUGGUUUCAGACUCAUCUCUGAGCAGGUCAGCCAUCACCCACCCAUUAGUGCAUUUCAUGCUGAAGGAUUAAACAAUGAUUUCAUCUUUCAUGGCUCAAUCUAUCCCAAACUGAAGUUCUGGGGGAAGAGCGUAGAAGCAGAACCCAAAGGAACCAUCACGUUGGAGCUCCUUGAACACAAUGAAGCAUAUACGUGGACAAAUCCUACCUGCUGUGUACAUAACAUCAUUGUGGGGAAACUCUGGAUUGAGCAGUACGGCAACGUGGAGAUCACAAACCACAAGACUGCGGACAAAUGUGUGUUGAAUUUUAAGCCAUGCGGCCUUUUUGGUAAGGAGUUACACAAAGUUGAAGGCUACAUUCAAGAUAAAAGCAAAAAGAAGCUCUGUGCCCUCUAUGGGAAGUGGACAGAAUGUUUGUACAGUGUUGACCCUGCCACAUUUGAUGCUUACAAAAAAAAUGAUAAGAAAAACACCGAAGAGAAGAAGAACAGCAAACAGAUGAGCGCUUCUGAGGAGUCAGACGAAAUGCCAAUGCCAGAUUCCGAGAGCGUGUUUGUCAUUCCUGGGAGCGUUCUCCUGUGGCGAAUAGCCCCGCGGCCUCCCAAUUCAACCCAGAUGUAUAAUUUUACUAGCUUUGCAAUGGUUUUGAAUGAAGUAGACAAGGAAAUGGAGGGUGUGAUUCCUAAGACAGACUGCAGGCUACGUCCUGACAUCAGAGCCAUGGAAAAUGGGGAAAUAGAUCAAGCUAGUGAAGAAAAAAAGCGACUUGAGGAGAAACAAAGAGCGGCCCGCAAGAACAGGUCCAAGUUGGAGGAGGACUGGAAGACGAGGUGGUUCCAUCAAGGCCCUAAUCCCUACAGCGGAGCCCAGGACUGGCUUUACUCGGGCAGCUACUGGGACAGAAACUACUUCAAUUUGCCUGACAUUUAUUAAAACAUAGACAAGUUGGGGCAUUUGGCUAAUCUACAGAUAAGACUUAAACCUGUGUUUUAAAAUUUUCUUCUUUGAUUUCUACUCAUCUUUUGAAAAGAGAAAAAAAUCCUCUCAUGAUAACUUGCAUUUCACCCAACAAAAGUAGGGCAUAAGGUGGAUACUGGUGAUGAAAGUCUUUGGAAGAAUGGGUAAUUUUGCUAUCCCAACACGCUUAUUUGGAAUACUGUUUUAUCUAGAGGUAUGGGAAACUGUUGGAGAAUAUGCUUUUUGAUGGUUGCUGUUGCCGUAUUCACUGAAGGUUUAUACCUAAAUGUAACUUUAGCUUUAUGGAAUUAUAUAGUAACCCAAAUCAAGUUAUUUUGAAUAUUUUUAGGCUGUCAUGCUUGAAUGUUUUAGAUUUAACUUCGAAAUGUGUAGAAUUCUCCUAUAUGAUGUUUAUAUGCUCAGAUAUAGAGGUUACGCCACCUUGUAGAGACUGCGUUGAGAAGACGGCUUUUCUUCUUACUAAUCCUCUCAAUUUUACCCCUUCCCGCCUCUCAAAAGAAAAACAAUGCCUGAGUGUUCAGAAGAGAGAUUUCUGAUUUGAAAAUUCUAAACUGGAAAAGGUAUUUCGUUUGCUUAUUUUAGUGCUCUGAUUUUACUUUUACAAUGUUCUAAUGUCGUUAGAAUUAAAAUGUUUGAGUUGUACAUGUUUGAAUUGAAAAUAGGUAUAAAACCUAGCAAUUCACAAAAAUACCCCAGAAAUAUAGAUUUUAGUCACCAUCAUUACAUAAUGAGAAACCUUUUUAAAUGCUUCAACUCCCAGUGGCAAAUGCCACCAGAGAAAUUCAGUUGUACUCAUGUAUUAUAAGUAUCAGACUAUAUAAAAGGAGGUCUUGUGCAUUUCAAGUUUGCAAGGCACCUGUGUACUUAAGAUACGUAUGGAGACCUACUUGUACAGUAGCUUUGCCCCUUUAAUUGGGGUACAUUAAUCUUACGUUAUUUAUCUACCCAACCCCAGACUGAGAUAUUGCUCCAGGGGGCUUUAGGUAGCUGCCAGUAAGUUAUUUUAAUGGCUGUCUUGAAGUUAACAAGUGUUAUAAUGAAAUAAUCUACCUGAUGCUAAAUAAAGGCUUUAGAAUGUUCAAAACAGUGUGGUCUCUUUUAAACUUUGAAAUAUUCUAAUGCUGCACUUAAUAGGAUGCCAAAUUGUCAGGUGUCCUUACACGAAAGUAAGUCCUUGUGCUGCCACGGUCCCCAGGGCCAGAGCUCACCCCCGGGCUCACGUGCUAAGUAGGCAGUUAGCACUCACUGUUCUCUGGGUAAAUACAGUAUUUAUUAGAGCAAGGUGCCACUGUCUUCACUUGGUGUGAAUGCCAAAUACAGAAUUAUUAAGUGGAAUACCUUGGUAGAAAAUUGCUAGAGGGGAAAGUUUUUUUUUUUUUUACAAUGUAUAUGAGCAUUGGAAAAUGCUAUUGUGUCAUAUCACAAGUCUGAAAAUAUUUAGGACCUGUUGUGUUUAGAUGUUUGUACACCGCCUAAAUUAUAAAAUAAGCAAGGCGACGAGGUUUUAUGCUUGCAUGAAGUUUAUUGAUAUAUUACGCUUGGUGGCAGACUCCACCGUGAAGGUCAGCUCAAACAGUGUCAUCUUCGGCACCUGUUAGGAAUAAUGUAAAUAGUGACUUGUUUAAUCAUAAAACUGAACAUGUAAAAUGAGUGGAUGAUCAGAAAUGCAAGUUCUAUCCUGCUCUCCUGCUAAGCUCUUAAUUAUGUUAUCUGUGCAUGUGCACUAAAAUAUCCUAGCACCUCAUGCCCAGAACGGCCAUUUUGACAGUUCCACUAGAAGUCUAAAGGGUAGGAGUAGGUAAAUGCUCAUAGUCCUAAGAUAUUUGCAAAAGUCUCCUUAAGUAUGGUAACUAACUGUGGUACUUGAACCUACCUAAAACUGAAAUCUAGCUUUUGUCCGUCAGACGUGUGGUAGUAAGUACUGGUUGAAUAAAAAUUUUUUAAUGA